AUACAACCUGCUAUCUUAUCAUUAUUACAGAUAAGCAGAAGUUCAAUCAGGUGACAACAAUAGCACUAGUCAGUUCUACUUUCCUUCCAUUUCGUGUAUUUAGUUAAUAAUUUUAGUUUUGCGUUUUAAUUUGAACGAUUUUUUUUUCAAAAUGACCAAAACACGCGAGCUAAAACUAGGUAUGCGUUGUGUGAAAUAUAUGAUUUUCGUAGCUAAUUUCAUGUUUAUGUUAAUUGGUUUUCUGCUGAUAUCUAUUGGUUACACUAUCAAAGCUAUCUACAAUGAUUUUGAUGCCUUCCUAAGUAGCCACAAUUACAAAGCAUCCGAUUUAACCGUAGCAGUAGGAAUAAUAAUCCUCAUAGUAGCUUUAUUCGGAUGUAUUGGAGCUUUGAAAGGAAGCGUUUGCCUCGUUAACUUGUAUGCUCUUCUUCUUUUGGUAAUUGUGAUAUUGGAAGUAGCCAUAACUAUCACAGCUUACCGUUCGAGAUCUAACUUGCAGAAAACUGUCAAAGAAGAUAUGUUGAUUAGUAUGGAUUAUUAUCCUACUGAAACCAAUUACAUAUGGAGGGCUACUCAGUACAAUUUGCACUGUUGCGGUGUAAAUGGACCUUCUGACUGGAAUCAAUAUGGAGACCAAGAUGGUUAUAAUUUCUCUACAAUCAACUCCACAGAUUCUGAUCCUUACUAUGUGCCAGCAUCAUGCUGCGUAUAUGAACAUUGUAACAACCUCAAUAGCCUCUACUUUAAAGGAUGUCUUCCUAAAAUAAUUUUCAUUAUUUCACAAAGUGCCCUGUUGUUGGGUGUAGGGGCGAUGUGCAUUACUUUUAUUCAGAUACUUGGUGCAAUAUUUGCUCAUCUAUUGGCCAGAUCUAUAAGAAAAUUGAAAACUCAAAUCGAACUUGAUAGAAGUACAAGAAGACAAGAACUGUACGAGUCCCUUUCCAUCGCAGCUAACUUAAAAGAGAAAACUAGUCCGGUGCUUUAUGUGCCCUCUAGUUCUGAAGCUUGAAAAUGUGAGACUUCAACAUUUGUUGUAAUUUCAUCACAAUAUGUUAUAAUUAAAUAAUUUUUUUCCAUAUAUUUGUUAUCUAUAAAGUUUUUUUUAAAUUAGAAUUUCUACUUGAUAUACAUGAUUUACAAUUAGAUAUUCAAUUUUCAAUGUAAAAAUUAAUGAAUUUUAUUAUACCUAACCUUGAAAUAUAUACAUAUUAAAUUAUCAA